AUGCAAGUGGCCAUACUUACUCUGGCUUUGUGCUGGGCCUACCCGGCUUCUGUCUAUCUAUCGUACCUCUUUUCCAGACUUGCCAUUGCCCUUUGGCAGAAGAAGGAAGAAGGCACCGCAACACCAUGGUACAAGAAGAACCGUAAAACGGCAUUUACAGCCAUAUUCUGGCUUCAACUGCUGCAAUGUGUCAAUCUGGUAUUAUUCAUAGGCAUCAUUGGCCUUCUCCUCACCAAGGGCUUCACAUCCGGAGCAUGGUGGAUUAAUAAGGAAUAUAUGGCCUCGAAUAUCGCGGUGGUGAUGUUCCUAGUGGCCGGCUUACUCCCAGACCCUGAUGAGCCAUUCUCCCCGUCCCUAUCCCACGCCCAUGCAUGGAUACUCGCCGCAGUCACAGAGGCACUUCAAAUUGCCAUGUUUUGCUUCCAGUUUGGAAAAGAUCCCAUUAAUUCUGGGAUGGAAAGCAUCCAGCUGGGUCUCCUUAUGCUAAGAAUGGGAUUCUUCGUCGCCAUGGCCGCUAUCUAUCUCCAGCCCAUGUAUGCCUGGUCACACAUCAAACUUGGCGAAACCGACCCUUUGCUAGGUGAAAUUGCUGCAAAGCCAGUACGUGAUGCACAGCAUGGAGGAUGGCUAGACUACGUUGUCGGCUUCAGUACCUUAUUCCCUUUCCUCUGGCCUUCAGAUUCACGAAGACUACAGCUGCGGGCAGUCUUUUGCUUCUUCCUUUUAAUACUCCAAAGAAUAGUUAAUAUUUUAGUACCACGCCAGUUAGGUCUUGUUGUCGGCUCCCUUGGGUCCGGUACGAUUCCUUACAAACAGCUUGCAAUCUACAUUGUCUUGCGAGGACUACAGGGCCAACAGGGUGUUAUCGGGUCUAUCAGAGCUCUUCUAUGGAUCAGCGUCAGUCAGUCAACAUAUAGAAGGCUCACAUCUUCAGCAUUCGAACAUGUCCUUUCUCUCUCCCUUGAAUUCCAUCUAGGCAAGCGGAUCGGAGAGGUCAUGAGCGCACUCAGCAAAGGAAGUGCGUUGAAUACAUUCUUGGAUGGCCUGAUAUUCCAACUAUUUCCCAUGGUUGCCGAUUUAUGGAUUGCUGCUCUAUACUUCUUGAUUGAAUUUGGAGCCUUUUAUGCAUUGAUUGUCAUCUCCGUUACCUGGUUAUAUCUAUUCGUGACUAUCUACAUGGCAAAAUACCGUGGCCGAGCAAGACGUGAGAUGGUUAACCGUGAACGUGAAAUGGAAGCAGCAAAGACGGAUGCUCUAAUGUCCUACGAAACCGUCCAUCACAAUUCAGCUGUUCCCAAUGAACUCAGCCGCUUCAAUGGAUUGAUAAAAUCCUUCCAGGGUGCCGAGUACUUUGUGUUCUUCUCUCUAAACAUGCUGAACGCUACCCAGAAUCUGCUAUUUACAGCAGGAGUCGCCAUCGUAUGCUUGCUUUGUGCCUACCAGAUAUCGGCCGAUAUGCAGAAAGUUGCAAUGUUUGUCACUUUGAUCACAUACCUUGCUCAGCUACAAGCUCCUCUCAACUUCUUUGGAAGUUUUUACACCCAAGUUCAGAACAAUCUAAUUGAUGCAGAGCGAAUGUUGGCUCUGUUUAAGGAGAAGCCCCUGGUUACAGAUGGAGAGAAUGCUAUGCCAUUAAAUUAUUGCACUGGCAAAGUGGAAUUUAAAAAUAUCAAUUUCGCCUAUGAUGAGCGUCGUCCAGCACUCAGAGAUGUUAGCUUUGUCGUGGAACCUGGCACUUCAACCGCGAUAGUUGGAGAGAGCGGUAGUGGAAAGUCUACUAUCCUCAAACUCCUAUUCCGAUUCUAUGACGUUGCCGGAGGAUCCGUCAAAGUUGACGGCAUGGACGUUCGUGACAUGACUAUUGCAAGUCUGCGCAGCCAUUUGGGAGUUGUGCCGCAAGAUGCAAUUCUCUUUAACGACACCGUGCUAUAUAACCUGUUAUACGCACGGCCGGAAGCAACCAUGGAACAGGUAUACGAGGCCUGUAGGGCGGCCAGUAUCCAUGACCGGAUAAUGAGUUUCCCAGAUGGCUAUGAGACGAAAGUCGGUGAACGAGGACUGCGGCUUUCUGGUGGAGAGAAGCAACGGAUAACUAUUGCAAGGACCUUCCUUAGAUCUCCCCAGAUAUUGCUCCUUGAUGAAGCUACAGCCUCGCUGGACUCACAGACAGAGCGCCAGAUUCAGGGGGCUCUCGAAAAAAUAGCCAAAGGCCGAACAAGCAUCACUAUUGCUCAUCGGCUUUCUACGAUCACAAAGGCAGAUCAGAUAAUUGUCCUACAUCAAGGCCGCGUUGUUGAGAAGGGUACCCAUACCGAACUGCUGUCUGCGAAUGGGAUGUACAGUCAAAUGUGGGAGAAGCAGACAAAGGCAAAGGUCAAGGCCGACAGUGAGGAUAACCAGAAUUUGUUGAUAUCCCCUGAGUAA